AUGCCUGACUACGAGGGUUUAUUUUUCAUCCUAUUACCAGUGUUUAUUAUGCUGGCCGCCAAUUUAAUUUUAUUCUUGCUAACUGCUAUUCAUUGUUCAAGAAUUAAAUCUGAAAUCAAUAAGUUCAACCCAACAAAUUCAAAAACAGAAAGUUUUCUUGUUUACAAAGAGAAAUUUGUAAUGAGCAUCAAACUAUUUCUGAUUAUUGGAAUCUCAUAUUUGCUUACGGUACUAUCUAUUAUAUUACGAAUUGAAGGGACAAAAUGGAACAUUAUUUACGCCGCUAGCAGUUUACAAGGUGUAUUUAUAUUUUUUAUAUUUGUGGCCAAUCUAAAAGUUAUUAUGGACUUAAGAAAAAAGUUUAAAGGUUCAAAUAUGGAUCACAGUAAGCCGACGCAAUUUAACCUUACCUCUGGGUCGUCAUAA